GCCACUGCUCUGCUCGUCCACUAGGGUUUCUCCUCGCCGCCGCCACCGGGAUCCGCGAUGAGCGCCUCCAGGCCGGACCACCGGCGGCACCACCCGCCGUUUCUCCGUGACCUCUCCUCGCCGGUGUCCUCGGCGGUCCGCCUGCCCCCGGCCUCGCUCCGGCGGGAGACCCAGGCCUCGACCCCACCGCCGCCGCCGCCGCCGCCGCUGCUCUUCCUCGACGACCUCUCCCACCAGUCCCCCUCCCCGAAGCCGUACACCCCUCCCCAGGCGGCCGCGAGCCCCUCGCCUCUGCCCCAUCGCGGCGGCCUCUUCGCCUCCCCGCUGCGCGCCAACGGGUCCCCCGCCCCCGCCGCGUGGUGGUCCCCCUCGAGGGAGGAGAGCGCCAGGGAGGGCUCACCGGUGGAUGGCGUCGUCCAGCAGCCGCCGCCGCAGCAGCAGCAGUCUCCGACGACGGCGUCAGGGCAGCAGUCGCAGCAGCAGCAGAAGGUGACGCUCAUCACGCUGCCACCGCCCAGGGAGGUUGCGCGGCCGGAGAUGCCGAGGGAUUCGACGCCUGCCGCUGGCCGGGUCGACGAGGAGGAGUGGGUCACCGUUUUUGGCUUUUUGCCUGGCGAUACCAACUUGGUACUGAGAGAAUUCGAGAAGUGUGGUAUAGUCUUGAGACACGUCCCUGGUCCAAGGGACGCAAACUGGAUGCAUAUUCUGUAUCAGAGCCGGUAUGAUGCACAGAAAGCUCUCGCCAAGCAUGGUGAACAGUUAAACAGUGUUCUUAUCAUUGGUGUGAAGCAAGUGGAUCCAUGGCAGCGACAGUAUCUGAAUGAGAACAUAAAUGAGAACUUUCAAGUUGGUGCAACAGUUCCGUUUCCAUCACAAACUGUAGCACCAAGUUCAUUUACAACCAGAAAUGCGCUAGCACCUUUGCCUAGCAAUUCUAUGCCAAAUGGAAUCAGCAACGGGAGUGGCCGUGGUGCUUCGGGUGCCAUUGCUUCACCCACAAAAUCAGUCUUGUCAAAAGUUAUGGACUUGAUGUUCGGCCUUUAAAUCCUGUCACCAAUUACUGGGGUUAAUUUUUUGGCUGUUUCAAGGCAAAUUGAGGACUACUGAUCAAUGUCAUGGCCGUGUCAUUUCUGAUUGUUGGUUAUGUUUGAUCGACAUUAUUGGUCCACAGAAUCUGUACUGUACCAUGCAAGCUUAAGAUCAUUAGGAGUGUCGUGUCACACAGGUAGAUAACCCAAUCUGGUGCUAAUGUCUGGAGCUAGUGUUGUUUCACUGAUAACAAAUGUAUGGAAAUCAUGUCAAUGGAAAUUUAUAUCAAAUGCGGUUUUGGUUUUCAACUGUUUCAACCAUAUCUUCUACCCCAUAAUACAAGGACAUGUUUUACUCAUGUUACACCAUUUAUUCAUCAUUCUUCAA